AUGUCGGAUGAGCUGCAGAUGCCUCGCGUCUUUAUUUGGGUGCUGCACAGAGAUAGAUGUUGGAUCAACUCGGAACCCGUGCGGCUUAUUGUCGGCCCCGACGGCAAAGAAUUUGUCAUUCACGAAUCUCUACUCAUCACAAUGUCUGAAGAGAUGGGGAAAAAAGUGUCUCGCGACAAAACAAUCAAUUUGCCGACUACAGAUCCCAUCGUCGUGGCCUGCUUACUCGAGUUCGCAUACAGCGGCGACUUCGAAUCGCCAGGAUUCGAGCAGAUGAACCCAAAUUCUAUACUUGGACAGACCGAACGUAUUUACGCGGAGCCGGACUUUGGUAGAGUCAGAGAACUAAGCCGGGCAUGGGGAACAUUUGUGUCGAAACCUCCGCAGUACGAGGACGAUCAGAUAGUCUACGACGUCGCCUGGGAAGAGGCCGAGGGAGAUGAUUUCUGUACAAUUGCCAAAGUCUACGAUAUCGCAGAGGAUUACAAGAUCGAAGAGCUCAAGAAUCUGUGUUGCAGCAAACUUCAUCGUCUCAUGGUUUAUCAUCAGCAGCAUGUGGACAUCGUUCAGUUUCUGUCCCACUGCGCCGACCGUUUUGAUUCCAGAGAUCUGAUUGAACUUGCGGUAGAGUACGCGACUUUAAUGAUGGAAUUUAACAAAGACGACGAAGAUUUCAUAGCCCUUCUGGCUGCGAAGCCAAGAUUAGCUGCUGCAAUUCUCUGUCGUCUCACAGCAAUACACCGCGAGUACGCCGAGUCUGGGAAUUAG